AUGAAUUAAUCAUCUAUCAUAUUGGAAGAGAAUAAAUAUCAAUCUGCGUAAUAAGAAGAAGAGGAGAGGAUGUUGACUGCCAAGGCAUGUGAUUUGAAGAAGGCUUUGAUCUAUAGGAAGUUUUAGUAAAAUGAGAGGAAGGAAGAGUUGGAGGAUAUAAAUUAAUUAUUUGAUGAAAGGUAGUUGAAUAUUUUGAAUGAUCUUGCUAAUGACAAUGGAAAUUAUGAAGAAUAAAAUUAAGCUACAACAUUGAGAUAAGAAGUUAAUAAAAAAUUGUAAACAGUAAUGGAACAUGGGAUGAAACGACAUUCGAUUUACAUAAUUAAAAAGCCUGUUGAAAAUAAAUUUAGAUUUCAUUUGGAAGUCUUCAAACCUGAAGAUAAGUUUAGAAUAUUUUGGGAUUUGUUCACCAUGUUGAUCAUAUUUUUUGCAAUCCUAAUUUUACCUCUCGAUAUUAGUUUUACAAUUGAAUCCUUAUUUUUUGAUAACUUUAAUUAUGCCUCGAUAGCAAUAUUUAGUUUGGACAUCAUCAUCAAUUUCAAUACCUCCUAUCAACAAAAGGGCUAAUACAUAAUCGAUCGUAAACUCAUAGCCAAACACUAUUUGAUGGCCUGGUUUUGGAUAGACUUGGUUUCGACCUUUCCUUUCGAUAUCAUUAUCAAUGCCUCCACACAAGAAAUCAUACAUUCUGAUGAGAUUGAUGAAAACUAGGUAAACGGCAAUUAGGAUAAUAAAUCUUAAUCAGAAUAAUUGGCUAACACCUUAAAAUUGCUGAGAAUUUUGAAAUUUUUUAGAUUUAUAAAAGUAGUUAGAUUACUGAGAGUAUUAAAAUUAAAGAAGAUAUUUUCUAAAUUUGAAGAUUACGUUGAUUUUUCAAAUUCCAUGAUUUCACUCUAUAAAGUGUUAAAACUCACAUUUAUAAUGCUCUUUGUAGCACAUUGGUUGGCCUGUAUUUGGCAUUUCAUAGCAGAUCAGGAGAACUCAUCAGACAGUUACAGUUGGCUUAGAGCUCAAGGUCUAUAGGAUAGUGAUUGGUAUGUGAAAUAUAUAGCAUCAGUGUAUUGGGCAACAGCAACAAUGACUACAGUAGGUUAUGGAGACAUCACUCCAGUAACAUCGGUUGAAAAGAUAUUUGGUAUAGUAGUCAUGUUGUUGGCUUGUUGUAUAUUUGCAUAUAUUAUGAACAGUAUUGGUGGGAUAUUUGUAUCCAUGGAUUACAAUGAGAAGUUGAUUAGAUAGAAGAUGGGCUAAGCGAAUUAAUUUCUAAAAUCGAAUGACAUUCCUAAAGAUUUAUAAGCUAGAGUAAGAAAAUACUUGGAAUACAAAUACGAAAAGGAAUCUACAUAAGUUAAUGAAAAGGAGGCCUUGGAUGUCUUGUCUUAUUCUUUAAGAGUCGAAGUAUUGGCUGCUGUGAACACGGAUUUGAUCAACAACUCAAAAGUGUUCAAAUAGAAUAAGUUCGAAAAGGAACUGCUUUUGCAAUUGCCAUUUGAAUUAGAAGAACAAAUCUUUGGUCCUGAAGAAUGCAUAUUUUUGGAGGGUGAUGAUCCUAUUGAAUUAGAAAAUGGAUAAAAUAUUGAAGAUAGAUGCCUGUAUUUUCUCAAUAAAGGACAGGUUAUGCUUUGUAUUUAAAAGACCUUCACUUGUCUAAAAACAUUAGAUAAGGGAGCCACUUUUGGAGAACUUGGCUUCUUUAGUAAUAAAUCAAGAAGUGCAUCUGCUUACACACUUGAUUUUGUCUAUGUUUAGAAAUUGAAAAAAAAGAAGUUCACAGAGAUUUUAAAAAAGUACUAAACUCAAAAUCAAUUCUUUCAAAUGAACAAACACAUUAUUGAAUUAGGUGAAGAUUAUUCUCCUCUUGGCUUACCUUGUUUUGGAUGUUAACAAAUCAAUCAUUUUUCUUCUACUUGUCCAAAGUUACAUUUUGUUUCCAAUUAUGACAGGAAGUAAGAGCUAAUAUAGGAAUUAUAGUAAAAAUAAAAGAAGUUCACCAAAGAAUUUAAAAGACUAGAAAAAAUCAGGUACAAUUCUAGAGGCUGUUUCACUUUAACGAAUGAAGUUGCCAAUGAAAUCAAACAAGUUUAUUCUGCAUAAGAAGAGGGAGAUGAAGAUAGACUGAUUAAACUUUAAUAGUAUUUAACUUAUAUAAAUUAGACGUAACGAAGAAGAACCAACACAAGAAGGCUUCGAAAAAUUAAAAAUCAACAGCAAGAUGAAUUUGAGAGGAUGCAAAUCAUGACUGCCUUCUUCACUCAAUUCAACAUUGAUGAAAUCAUGAAAAAUUACAAUGAUAGAGUUGAUAAUAUUCUUAAUUCACAACAAUAAGCUUAAGAACGAAGUAUUAGAACUCAAUAUUACUCAAUCAAAUCUAAUACUAAGAAAUCCAGAAUUAGAUCGAUGUCAGCUGAACGAGCUGUAUUUUUUGAAAAGCUAAUAGAAAAAUAUGGAGGACCAUCUUUAUUUUUAGAAAAACUAAAUUAAGAUAAUUGA